AUGGAUGCCGGCGUGUCCGUGCGGCCCUCGUCGGAUCCCCCCGAGCCUGGGACGUCCCAACAGAUCUGUCACAUGUCUCACAGAGAGUCCCUGCUUCUACCUGUCAUGAAGGGACCCCCCCAGUGGCACCGUGGAGACCUCAGCCUGAGCCGUGCUAACUGUGCUGACCCCAUCCCUCUCUCCCCCCUGAGCCCCGCACUGGUUCAGCUGUCCGGUCAAUGGGGCUGGGGCAGACGGCCAAAUACUGCGUACAGCCAAACAGACCCCACUCCCCCCUCUCCCCCGCUCCCCCCUUACACUCACCUCAGCUGGGCCUCUCCGCAGGUCCAGCCAGGUCACAUGUUCAACACUGGGUCGCCGUGUUCCCUCUGCCUCGCGAGUCUGUCCAUCGUCUGCUGGAUCCAGGACUGA